UGCAUGUAAGCAAGGGCAAGGCAGGGGCUCCAUAAAGCAGCAGCGGGAGCACAGCACAAGGCAGCCAGGAUGCAGCAGCAGCAGCAAGGGGAGGAGGCGGGCGGCUGCCAGCUGAGUGGUGUGGUGAGCGAGCUGGGGCCCCCGGCAUUGCUCACACUGGAAGACCUGGAGAGGCUGGAUGAGGAGGGUGACAGCCCCCGCCCCGCCGAUGGCCCCGAGGAUGACAUGGAGCAGGACCGGCUGCUCCACUACUGGCAGAGCGUGGGCAGAGGGCACCGUGUGGAUGUGCCCCGCGACAUGGCAGAGCCAAUCCAGCAACUUACCAGAAACAACCGCCCCCAAGAGAGGGAGCAUGUCCCAUUUACAUUGAUCCAGCGCAAAGAAAAGCAUGGAGAGUUGCUUUACGAAAAACGUCAGUAUGGAAAAGCCAAAUGGGCUUGUAUCACAAUGAAAGAAGAACAGUAUGAACAGAGUAUAUGCCUGGGAUUUAUGAAGCUUAUGAAAUACAUUUGUGAGCAGAACUCUUCAGGUUUGUACCUUGGCUUAACUAUACCCAUUGUGACUAUAGUGCAUACAAAUGAACAUCGAUCUGAGAUCACACGUUCUGUGACAGUAGCAUACUACUUGCCUGAACAAUUGCAGGGGCAACCACCUCAGCCAUCGGAUCCCGACAUAGUCAUUGAAGAGUGGCCUCCUACUAUUGUGUACAGUAGGAGCUUCCAAGGGGUCAUCAAUGAAAUGUCUAUCACGAGAGAAAUAAACUUGCUGGAAGAACUUCUGGAAAGUCCUGAGCUAUGUCUGGAGGACACGUUCAUCAUUGCGGGAUACACCAACCCAGCGGCGGUGGGGAGACAGAAGGAAAUAUGGUUCCUUCAAAGACCAUAGCUUCCCACUGCUAAAGCCUACCCAUUAUCCAACUUCAGUUUUUAUUUAAGCUUGCAAGUGAAUCACAUGAAAGAGUUAAUGAAAACUGUGGAUAAUUAUUCACAUAUUUAUAUGUCUAUUUUUCUAAAAUAUGUCUCAUUGCAUCAAAUUACCAUGACAGGUAUUUUAACUUACUUCUUCAGGUGGUAACAGUUAACACCUGAAACUUGCUGCCAAUUUUGAAAGAAUUUCUUAUGCACAAUUUCCUAUUAAAUAUUUAACAUUUUACAGUUAUACACAAUUUUUCAACACUUUUCAGAAUUGAUCCCUGUUGUUUUUCGGAUGAGCUGAACUCAAACACAAGACAGAAUAGUUCACAAGUUAAUAUAUUUUUUAACAGCAAAACCUGCUGUUGAACAUUUGCUAUAAUAGUUUUUGCAUUAUUGUAUCUCUGGAGUGUCCUAAAUAGGAAGGGAAAAUUAACUAAUGCAAUUCUGACAACACUGAUUAGUUUUGAGAAUUCCACCGUCAAGAACAGAUUCUUCCUACUCAUCUCAAAAGGCAUUUAUCCAAAGUAUUUUUCACCUUAGAAAGGGUGUGGGAUGUGAAGGGACUGUCCCAUUACUCAUUCAAGCCUUGACAACAAAUAUUUUUCUUAACCCCAUUAUAACUCUUCAUUUGACUGAAUAUGCCAUCAGCAGACAGAAGCAUUGCUGCUAGUCAAAUAUUCCAUUUUCUAAACAUAAAGCAAUAUGAACUUCAGAACCAAUCUAAGGGUGCACGUUGAUUAAUUUAGAAGGCUGGUGUUAGAAUAAGAAUCCAUUCUAACUACAAAAUUAAAACCAUAAAUGUAGAAUGACAAGAAUUACUGUUAAGAAUUACUAGCAUAAUUUAUUGCCUCUUAAAAAAAAAAAAAUCAUUAGGUCAAUUUUAAUUCUGCAGCUGAAAGGUGUUUUUUC